AUGACAUCACAAAACAGCUCUUCUUCCUCAACUAAAACGGCCAUUUUCCAAACACUUGUCAACGAGGCAACGAAAUCUGCUGAGUAUGACCUCCCAAAGUACAACACAGGUGAACUUCCUAGGAUUGGACAUCUAAAGAUGAUCAUGGAUCCUAUGCGGGAGUAUUUCCCAGUGAAAGUCACUAUGAAGUCAAAGAUCGAGGCUUUUGAGGUAAUAAGGCAGAAUCUAGACCCUGAAACGGAAAUGCCGAUUUUCAAGGAAUUUGCCUUCGGACAUUUUAUUUCGAUGUCUGAAAAUAUGAUCUAUUUUGGAGUGUUGACACACUAUCUGCUUUUGAGGCAAAUAAAAAUAAAAAAGAGUCAUGAGUUGUGGUUCAUGGUUAAUGGAACCACAACUAGGUUUGGAAUGAGAGAAUUUGCAUUAAUUACUGGAUUAAACUGCGGGGAAACUCCAGAGCUGGAUGUGGUCUUGAAAGCUUCGAAGAAUAUAAGAUUGUUGGAGCAUUUUAAGUCCCACGUAGUACUUGUUGCUGAUUUAAAAAAAUUGCUCACGGGGAAGAAGAUAAAAGGUAGCGAUAAAGCAAAGAUCGCUAUCAUUUAUUUUUUAGCACAAGUAUUAUUAUCUGGGGACGAGAAGAAGACCGCCCCACUGGAUUGGCUGUCUUACGUUGACGAUUUAGAAUUCUUCAACAGCUAUCCGUGGGGCAGGGUGUCUUUUGAAUGCACUCUGCGGGCUUUGAGGAAGAACUUGAAAGAGAAAUUCCAGAAAUGGGUUCGGAAAGGACGUAAUAAGAGCAUCAAGAAAACCUACUCAAUAUGCGGGUUUCCUUGGGCCUUCCAAGUUUGGGCAUUCGAAACAUUUCCAACCAUCGGCGCUACGUUUGCAAAGAUGGUUGAUGGACGUCUUCCCAGAAUCCUCAAAUGGGAGGCACGCCGGGGAAUGGCCGUACCAAUUCUUUAUCCCACUGAGGAGGAAAUGAAUAGUAUGUGCAUGAGGUUGUAUCUGUCUUAUGCCGACCAAGAAGAUCCUGAGAUUGACCAGCUUGCAUCAUUUUUGGACUCUAGUGCAAGAAUGCCAAAGCCAGUGCCUGAGGGAGAACUUGAGCUACAGGUUCAGCCAGAGCCUGAGGCAGAACUUGAGCCACAGGUUCAGCUUGAGCCUGAGGCAGAACUUGAGCUUCAGGUUCAGCCUGAGCCUGAGGAACAACAUGAGCCACAGGUUCAGCCAGAGCCUGAGGAUCAACUUGAGCAACAGGUUCAUUCAGAGCCAGAGUCUGAAUCGAAGAAUGAAAAGUGA